UUUGGGUGCCGGCGUCUCACCAGCGUUGGCCUUGGGCUUCUGGACUCCUGACCGCGGCUCUUCGCCUGGCAUUGCCCAGGGUCGGGGGGGAUCGCGUGUGAAACCGUGUCUUCGGCUGCGAAGAGUGCUCCCCGCAGCACGAAAGGGGCGCCCUGGGCUCGGGGCCACUGCCCCCUCCCUGCGUGGUGCGAUGAGUGCCAACGAGGACCAGGAGAUGGAGCUAGAAGCAUUACGUUCUAUUUAUGAAGGAGAUGAGAGUUUCCGGGAAUUAAGCCCAGUUUCAUUUCAAUAUAGGAUAGGUGAAAAUGGCGACCCCAAAGCCUUCUUAAUAGAGAUUUCCUGGACAGAAACAUAUCCUCAGACACCUCCAAUUAUAUCUAUGAAUGCUUUUUUUAACAAUACCAUAUCAUCAGCUGUAAAGCAGAGUAUCUUAGCCAAGUUACAAGAAGCAGUGGAAGUUAAUCUUGGAACUGCUAUGACCUAUACGUUGUUUGAAUAUGCCAAGGACAAUAAAGAACAGUUCAUGGAGAAUCACCAUCCUGUCAAUUCUACAACAUCCACAGGCAAUAUUAUCUCAGUUGAAACACAAAAUGUAGCCUCGUCAAGUAAGAAAAAAGACAAAAAAGAACAACUUUCAAAAGCCCAGAAACGUAAGCUGGCAGAUAAAACAGAUCACAAAGGGGAACUUCCUCGAGGCUGGAACUGGGUUGAUGUCGUGAAGCAUUUAAGCAAAACCGGCUCUAAAGAUGAUGAAUAGCAUUUGGAACUAAAGAAAAGGAAAGCGUCCUUUAAAAAGUAAAAUGGGCUCAACACCUUUCAUUACUAUUUUCUGAUAUUGAGGUGGCUUUUUUAUAUAAUACAGGUUUUUUGUAUGUUUCUUAAAAAUAUUGUAAGUAGAAAGUUCAUGGAGAGAUCUGGUUGUAUUAAAUUAUUUUCUCAAACUUGCCUUAAUAAAAGGUGAAAUUG